CUCCUGACACCAGCAGAUUUUUUUAAACUGAACGAGCUCAAAAUGAAACAUAAAGUUAAACAAUUAAUGGAGGGAGGUAAACGCAAAAGUGACGCAAUACAGCAUGAUGAACCUUCGGAUAUAGUUGAUGUCAAUUUUAUUACCGGACCACGAAAAAAAGCCAAACAAGAUUAUGAGGAACGUAUAGAAUCUAUAAAGGCUGGACGAGAAGGACGAGAAAAAUUCGGACACAAAAAAGGGAAAAAAACUGAAGGCACCAGUACCACAAAUAAAGAAAAGGCAAGACAUAAAGCUUUUAUGAUGGUAAUUCAUAAGAAAAAUGCGAUAACUAAAAAACGAAUGAGUUUAAGAGAUAGACAGAUACAAUUGACAAAACGUGGUAACUUUAAAAAGAAAAAAAAAUAA